UGGUUUACUUCAAGUCAUCUGUCUUACGUGUCUUUAUUCGCUCAGGUUAAUUGUGAUCUCAUAUUAGACUGAGAAAAGUGACGUCUUUACUACUGUAGAGGGACUCCUUGUUUUAUUUGAGACAGUUUGAUUGCUGGGUUCAUGGACCCCCAACAGCCUGCUGCCCUCCCGCUGCAGUUGCAUGGCAACAGAUUUGCAACGAGCUCUGGACAACUGCCAAAACUAAGCGCGGGACCCAGGGAAAGAGGAGGAGGAGGAGGAGGAGGAAGAGGGCAACAUUGGGAGCAACAAAAAAUGACUUCCCUCGCACCUGUCAGUUCCAGGUUGAACCCACAUGGACAGUCUGAGUGCCUGCAGGAGCCUGGGGUUCACUGCCAUGCCAAGGGUAAACUGGACAGUAAGAGGGUCCUCGCCAUUUGGCACUCAGGGGUCAUUUUUCCCUGGAUGACCCUUCGGACAACUUACUCCAAAGCAUCUGUCAGUGUGGAGCCGAGCAGUUCAGGAGCGGCAGUGAAGAGGGAAAGAACGGCGUUCACCAACUCCCAGCUGCUGGAGUUAGAGAAGGAGUUCCACUUCAGCCCUUACCUUUGUCGACGCCGGAGGCUGGAGAUGGCUGCUGGACUGCAGCUCACCGAUCAACAGGUGAAGAUUUGGUUUCAGAACCGCAGGAUGAGACACAAGAACAAGAACAAGGAAAGAAAGAAUUUUUCACAAGGCACUUCCUGUAACCUAAACUCUAACUCAGACCCUCAUGCAUUCGCGUUUACUGUCUCUCCUUUGUUUGGCGACAACAGCGCGGCUGGUUGUAUUCACCCUGGAGACAUGUCCCAUCGAAACUGCAUGUUUCCAUCUCUUGCAAAUGGUUCUCAACUCUCCUCCAUGAGUGUAGGUGGUCAUCAUUAUCCCGGCGUUUCCAGCUGGUCCUGAGGCCCAGUAAUGAUCAUCCAUUUAAAAUACUCAUUAAAAGCUCAAUCAUACAUUCACAAACACUUACUUUUUAGGCACCAAAAGAUGUUUGAUCAGCAUUGGAAAGCUUGAUUUAUUCUUUCAUCAUCACCAAACAAUACGGCUAAAUACAAUUUUUCAUCUUUAUUACUUUGGACUAAUAUGUUUUCAUAUCUCCAGAAGACUGUUGGUCUCUAUACUUGCUGUUCUUAUUUUUAUAGCAUGUGAGACAUUUUCUUGAAAUGCCUGUGCUGUAUUUUUGGGACUUCAAUAAUAUUACAUUGCAUGAAUAAGGAUACGAGUAACUUUUUGAGUUCUAUCUUGUUGGAAACUUAGUCUGUUUUUUGAAUGGCAAAUAACUGUUUUGUUUGUGUAGGUGCAUUUGUGUAAAAUAUUUUAACUGUCCCAAGUUGAAUUAUGUUACAAUUCUGUUUGACACUAAAUCAUCCAGCAAGUUUUUCAUAUCAUUGUUGAUUAAUUGGGGUGUCAUAAAUUGUACAUACUUAAUAAAUUCGUUUGGGAAAAGUGUA